AUGUUACAUGCACCCACAAAUUUUAGAGCUUCACUUCCUUAUCAACUUAAAAGAAAGCAUUCCAUCAAGUAUAAUCCUAUUCAACUUGCAAAAAAUAUUACAAAUUCCUCUGAAAAUUCGUGGAGCUCUUAUGAUUUAGAUAACAUUCGAAUCGUGGAUGGAUUAGACUUCGGAACAAUUUACUCUGGAUUUACUUAUGGCCAUGUUUAUUCACAACAAAUAAUUUGUCAUACAUGGGACCACCAUUUUUAUUUCAAAACUUGUAUAGCUCUUGAAUACGAUGAUGAAUAUAAUAAAGUAAUAUCGUGGGGCUUUCCAGAUAAACGUAAUAAAGAUGAUAAUAAACUGUUUAAAUUACAUUUGAGUGAUAUACCGGAUGAGCUUAAACCGAAGCUUCCAGUUGGAUAUGAAAAGGCUAUUACUGAUUAUCUUAGAGAAAUUGGACAGGCGAUUAAAGAUGACCUUUCAAGACAUUGGGAUUCUUUAAAUUUUUAUAAGGAUGUAUUAUUAGUUCUUACGUGUACCGCUGAUUAUUUGGAAAAUGCAAGUUUGAUUAUGAGAGAAUGUGUAUAUAAUGCAGGGCUGAUUGUAAAUAUAUGUUCAAGUAAAUUGCAAUUCGGUACAGAAGGUAUUAUUAAAAAUAAUCAAAGUCAUAAGUAUGUUAUUAAUUUUAAUUUCUUGAAUGAAAUAUUUAAGGCGAUUAAAGAUGACCUUUCAAGACACUGGGAUUCUUUAAAUUUUUAUAAGGAUGUAUUAUUAGUUCUUACGUGUCCCGCUGAUUCUUCGGAAAAUGCAAGUUCGAUUAUGAGAGAAUGUGUAUAUAAUGCAGGGCUGAUUGUAGAUAAAUGUUCAAGUCAAUUGCAAUUGGUUACAGAAGCUGAAGCUGCUACGAUAUAUUGCAUGGACCAGCUUCAAGAACAUGAACUUGAAACAGGAACAAAUUUCAUGGUUGUCGACUGUGGUGGUAACACAGUAGAUCUGACUACUCGUAAAUUGAUUAAUAGAAAUCAAUUUGGUGAAAUCACUGAAAGAUCUCGUGAUUUCUGUGGAAGCACUUAUAUUGAUAGAGAAUUUAUCAUGUAUUUAAGUAGAAAAGUUGGUCAUAAUGCUAUGGAAAUGCUCAGAAAAAACAAUUAUGGACAAAUGCAAUAUUUAAUUCAGGAAUUUAUUAAACGAUGUAAAUUACCUUUUACGGGAGUAAACCAAGACUUUAAUACUUAUGAUUUGGAUCUCGAAGAAAUUGCUCCCGUGAUAAAACAAUACAUUACCGAUGAGAAUAGAAAACAUUUGGAAGCGGAGGAUUGGUUAAUUGAACUUAACUUUAAUGACAUAAAAUCAAUGUUUGACCCUGUUGUUAAAAAUGUUUUACAGUUGAUUCAUGCACAACUUAAUAGUUCGCCUGAAACAUGUUCGGCGAUGUUUUUAGUUGGAGUACGUAUCAUUUUAUUUCCUAGUAAUCCUACGACUGCAAUUGAACUUGGAGCUGUGAUGUAUGGGAUGCAUGGAUUAUCUUCUAUGAAUUCAAAUUCAAAUGUUAUUGCUUCAAGAAUUAUUAAAUAUACUUAUGGUGUUAAAGUAAGAGAAUGCUGGACGAAAGACGAUCCAAUUCAUAGAAAAUUCAAUGAUGGGCGCAUUGAUAAAUUUCAUUGUUUGGCCAAGCGUGGUACUCCAAUGAAUGUUAAUCAAGAAAUUACGUGUUCUUAUUUACCACUUUAUCCUACUCAAACAAAAGUAGUCUUUUAUCUAUAUUAUACUAAUAAUUUUGAUGCCAAAUAUUGUGAUGAGCCUGGAAUGGAACUUUUAGGAAUGCUUACCAUGGAUCUUCCUGGCUCAGGUCUCGAUAAUCUUUCUUUCGGAUUGGCUUUUGGACAAAUGGAAGUUACUGCCACUACAACCGAAAUUAUGACGGGCAGUUAUGUUGAAAAAUUUGGAGUAGGUGUUGAAAAAUUAAACAAUAAAUUGACAAAUUUAUUGGAAGAAAAUAAGAGGCUUAAACAACAACAUAAAGAAUUUCAAGAAGAAAAUCGAUACAUCUUACGUAAAAAUUCGGAAUUAAAAGAACAACUUCAAAAUAUCAAUGACUAUCGUCAUUUAGAAAAUCAAUUAGAAGAAAGUGAAAUGAUAGAAAUAUUAAAAAAAGAACUCCAAGAAAGAGAUGAGCAAUUGAAAAAGCAUCAACAGCAAGUUUUUAAUUUUGAAAGACAAAAAAAUGAAAUGCAACAACUUGAAAUGAUGUCCCAAAAUUUAGAAAAAACUCUAAAAAUGUUGGAAUUUGAAGAAGUUCCUUUGUGUGGUUGUGAUUACAAAAGUAUUAAACCUGCCAACGAACCUUUUAGAAAAAUCAAAAAACACGAGAAAUUGUUUUCGAGUGCCCGUCCAAGAACGCUUAAUUUUACUUAUGGAAUUAAAGUAAGAAAUCAAUGGAUGCUAAGCGACCCGAUUAGUAGAAAAACCCAUAAUGGGCAUAUUAUUCGUUUUGCUAGUUUAGUUCGUCGUGGUACAGAGAUAAUUUCUAGUCAUACAGUUUGUGCUUUAUAUCAACCGCUUUAUCAUAAUCAAACUGUUGCAGAAUUUAAUAUAUAUUAUACUCAACAAGAUGAUCCAAAAUAUUGUGAUGAUCCUGAUAUGGAGUUUUUAGGGCAAUUUUCUAUUGAACUCCCUAUAUUAUGUCAUCAUGAACUACCUAAAUUAUUACUAGAGAUUACUUUUUAUAAAAAAAGUAUUGAUGUUGCUGUAAGGAAUUUAAUGACCGAAAAGAUUUUUAAAACUUGUUUUCAGUUUUGCGAGGAAGAUUAUUAA